UGUUUUCCAGAUGUAUAUAACGCAGAAGAGGCCUUCGUACCACUUAUGGUCACCAUUCUCAUCAUUGGAGCGGCUGUAGGAACAGUUGGAAACUUUCUUAUUAUUUAUUCUGUCACCACUAAUCCAGAAUUACGAAAACUUUCCGGAAACCUUUUUAUUUGUAACUUGGCGGUUGCUGACCUCAUCGUGACGUCAGUUCUACUUCCAGUCACGGCCGGAAAUAUGUUGAAUGGAAACGAAAGUGUGUUGGGUCGUCAGGCGUGUAUGGUGGUGGGGUUCCUAGUGCCCACAAGUUGCAAUGCUUCAAUGCAAAACUUGAUGAUGAUUAGUGUACAGAGAUUAAUGAUAACAUCUAGCACACAAAAUCAGACGCCGUUGUUUCAAAAGAAAUCAACAGUAAUGUUGCUUGUUGCAUUCGUGUGGGUGUGGUCUGUCAUGCUCAAUAUGCCACUGUUGCUAACGGUGAAGGAUACUAACGAAAAUCUACUCAUAUACGACAAGGGAGCAGGAAUGUGUGCAUGGGACGAUGUCAAUGUCCCGAGAUACCCCGUCGCUUUGGUUGUUUUGGCUUACUUUGUGCCUGUCAUCGUCUCAUCGUUCUGUUACUACAUUUUGUUUACAAGAGUAAAACGCAAAGGCAACAAGAUGUCGAUUCGUUCGCAAUCUGUGUCUGCUCAGUUGCAAAGACGAGAACAUCGGCUGCUGAAAACCAUACUUAUCGUCCUGAUUGUAUUCUUAAUGUCAUGGACACCUUAUUGUUUCGCUGUAAUCAUGAAUAACUUCGGGGUUUGGAACAACUUGCGAGAUCCAGCAGUUAAGCGUCCUCUUGCCUGGUUGGGUAUGUUUAAUUCAACAUUCAACAGCUUCAUAUACGGUUGGAGGAACGCGAGUUUUAGACAAGGUUAUGCCUUGUGCGGCUUGCGACUGCUUGAUGGAAUAACAUCGAACAGAUAUCGACUUACGAGCAAUUACACUCAGAGGAAGAAAGCCAAGUAUCGCAGACCAACUCAAACCGAGACCACCAUAACCACCCAUUGAGAAACAUUGGAACGUUGAAUUCAAAACUAAAAACUUUUCAUUUGCGUGUAUAUGGCAACUGUAAAAUAUAAUAGCAUUUGUGUGUGUUUCACAGAAAUAAAAAAGAGUAGAACGCGCAACUGCCCAAAACCGUGAUAUAUUCUUUUUCUACUCACGUGACCGCCAACUCCGUCCGCGUUUUACUUGGUUUCCAUGGUAAAGGAUAGGCGCAUAAAAAGAUAGUAAAGGAGAUACGCAUUUUAUAUUUUAUAU